AACCAACGAUAAUGUCGUUUUUAAACCCAGUCUCUUUCUAUAUUUGUUUAGUGAUAAUAAUCUAAUUUAUUUGGAAAAAAAUAUUGGCUGAUAUUGCACGUCGACAAAAUCGUUCACUGAUUGGCUCGCUAGCUACGUCUGAAUUUAUGCGUAUGAUGGUAAACAUCUGAGCGUGCGCUUGCGUACUGGUAGUAAUGGAGGACAGGUCCUUCUCUUCGGGGUAAAAUCGGAAUUACUUUUGAUAUCAAGACAACAACUGCCCAAUAAUUAUCGGUUGAAGCUGUUUAACAUUGUUGGUCCGUUCUAUUUAGGAUGGCGUCUGAUUCGGGGCCUCAGGCUCCCGGCUCCAAAGGGAUCAUGACCUUUCACCCCACCGCUGAGGAGUUCCAGAACUUCAGCCGCUACAUUGCCUACAUGGAGUCCCAGGGAGCACACAAAGCCGGCCUGGCUAAAAUCGUGCCACCGAAGGAUUGGAAACCCAGGAAGUCCUAUGACGAUAUAGAUGACCUGGUGAUCCCAGCUCCCAUCCAGCAGGUAGUGACGGGCCAGUCAGGUCUGUUCACCCAGUACAACAUCCAGAAGAAGCCCAUGACCGUCCGAGAGUUCCGCAAGACGGCCAACAGCGACAAGUUCUGCAGUCCUCGCUAUACCGACUUUGAAGAGCUGGAGAGGAAGUACUGGAAGAACGUAACCUUUAACCCGCCCAUCUACGGGGCUGAUGUAAACGGAACGCUCUAUGACCCAGAUGUGACCGAUUGGAACAUCGGCAAACUGAACACCAUCCUGGACACGGUGGAGCACGAGAGUGGCAUCACCAUCGAGGGGGUGAACACGCCCUACCUGUACUUUGGCAUGUGGAAGACCACCUUCGCCUGGCACACCGAAGACAUGGAUCUCUACAGUAUCAACUACCUCCACUUUGGAGCGCACAAGUCCUGGUACUGCGUUCCUCCAGAGCAUGGGAAAAGAAUGGAGCGCUUGGCUCAAGGGUUUUUCCCUGGAAGCCACCAAAAUUGCGAAGCCUUCCUGAGGCACAAGAUGACCCUCAUCUCUCCCUCCAUAUUGAGGAAAUAUGGCAUUCCAUUUGAGAAGAUCACUCAGGAGCCGGGUGAAUUCAUGGUGACGUUUCCCUAUAGCUACCACGCCGGCUUUAACCACGGCUAUAACUGUGCAGAGUCCACUAACUUUGCCACUGAAAGAUGGAUUGAGUAUGGAAAGCAAGCCAUACUGUGUUCGUGCAGGAAGGACAUGGUGAAGAUCUCCAUGGACCUGUUUGUGAAGAAGUACCAGCCGGAACGCUACGAGCAGUGGCUGGCGGGUCGGGACACGGGGUCCAUUGACCACUCACGACCCACCCCAGAGGCCAAGGAGUUCCUGGGGGAGGAGGAGGGGAAGGACUGCAUCUCCCAUGAGCCCUGUGUGGAGGAGCUCAACACGGAGGGGGAGAGAAAGAGCCCCACACAGAGGAUAGGGACCAAGAGGCACCGAGUGUGUCUGGAUGUACCUGACGAGGUGGUCCCUAAAGAUGAAGAAGAGGAAGAGGAGUAUGGGAAGAAAGCCAGACUAGGCCUCACCACUCAGGGCACGGGAGCAGAGGAGUGCAAAGAUACAGGGAACCUCACUGACCUCACCUUGAGGAACCUCCCUAAUGUAAAGACAGACCCAAUGCAGGGCAACAGCAGCAGAAACACUACUCCGCAAAAAGUCACCAUCCCCUCCACCAGCAAUCAUGCGGUGGCCAUUUUGGCUCAACCCCAGUCGCACAGAAACGGGCACCUUCCAGUAGUGGCUCCUCCAGCCAGGACUGGCCCCUCCACCCAGCCGAUCAGAAAGCUAGGGGUGGCCAGCCUGCUCUUUCAUAAGACCCAGAGCCCUAAGGAGGCCCUGCAGGUCCACAGCUACGCCCGUGAGAACCAGCAGCAGAUUCACCACACCCACCUCCAUGUGCACAGUUACGCCAGGGAACACCUGCCACGGCACCUCCAACCCCACCUCCAACUCAAGGCCAAGCCCCAGGCCCAAGUCAAGGCCGAGCAGCAGGAGUCCCACGUCCCAUCUACCAAAGGAGAGCAGAACCAGGCCGACGCACAGAUUCCCUGUAAGGGAGAACCGGUUGAAACCAAAGCCCAGACCCAAGGCCUCGGUAAGUGGCGGCAGCAUCCUGGCGAGGCCCAGGCUUGGGAGGAGAGGUCCGAAGCCAGGUCCCCUAGCAGUCCAGAGCCUGUCCAGACCCAAGCACACACCAAGGCAGCCAAGAGGGUCGAGGCGGAGGUCCGAAGGGACAGGCGGAAGCAAUGUCUUUCCCCUGUGCAGGCGGAGGUAACUUUAAUGAAGCAGACAAACGUACGUCCAAGUAAGCCGACGAUCUUACGUCCAAGUAAGCUGACAAACUUAAGUCCAAGUAAGCAGACGGAUUCAAGUUCAAGUAAGCAGACGGAUUCAAGUUCAAGUAAGGAGACGGAUUCCAGUCAGAGUAAGCAGACGGAAUGCAAGAGCAUGAAGAGCAAACCGCAUCCUCUCCUCCGCAAACUGUCCAAACAGCACCCACUACUCAGGCCCAGGGAAAGCUCCAGUGAUGACGAUGAGCUGUAUGUGAAUAUGGAGGAUGAACCAGAGGAGACGGAGGAGUGGGCCAAGCCCCUGGCCCAGCUGUGGCAGAGUAGACCCUACAACCCCCAGGCGGAGAGGGAAUACAACAAACUCAUGGGCCUGCAGGCCCCCUACUGCUCCAUCUGCCUGCUUUUCCACACAUAUGACCAGUCGGAGUCUAGCGGCAACCCCAGCUACACUCUAAAAGGCCGGCGAGGGGGCAGACAGAGGUCCAAGCCCCUGAUCCCGGAGAUGUGUUUCAGCACCACCAAUGACAAAACCAACAACAGCAGCGAUAGCGGCGUGGGCCAACUUUCCACCCCUCACCUGGAGGAGGACGGUACCAGCCUCCUGGUCAGCUGCUCCCAGUGCUGUGUCCGCGUUCACGCCAGUUGCUAUGGAGUUUCUGCAGACCAAGUGUCAGAUGAGUGGAUGUGUGCCCGCUGUGAGGCCAACGCUUUAACUGAGGACUGCUGCCUGUGUUCACUGCGAGGGGGAGCUCUACAGAGAGCCAACAACGACAAGUGGGUGCAUGUGCUGUGUGCGCUCGCGGUCCUGGAGGCGCGCUUCGUGAACAUCACCCACCGCAAUCCCGUGGAUCUCAGCUACAUCCCUCUGGCCAGGUUCCAACUGAAGUGUUUCUACUGUAAGCGGCGGGUGAAGAGGGACGUGGGCUGUUGUGUGCAGUGUUCCCAUGGCCGCUGCAUCACCGCCGUCCACCCCACCUGCGCCCAGGCUGCUGGCCAGCUCAUGCAGCCUGACGACUGGCCCUUCAUCGUCCACGUCACCUGCUACAGGCACAAGUCACCCGUCCUGCCGGAGCGCAAUAAGGCGGCCAUGCGAGAGCUAGAGGUGGGCCAGAAUGUUAUUUGUAAGCACAAAAAUGGCCGCUACUACCAGUGUGAGGUGCUGGAGCUGACCAUCGCCACCUUCUACGAGGUCGUCUUCGACGACGGCUCCUACAGCGACAACCUCUUCCCAGAGGACAUUGAGAAUCGGGACUGCGUGAAGCUGGGCCCGCCAACAGUGGGCGACGUAGUGCAGGUGCGCUGGACCGACAACCUGCUUUACGGGGCCAAGUUUGUCGCGUCGCACUCCAUCCCUAUGUACCAGAUGGAGUUUGAGGACGGGUCGUCGCUGUCUGCUAAGAGGGAAGAAGUCUACAGUCUAGACGAGGAGCUGCCCAAACGAGUCAAGUCCCGAAUGUCCAAGGCAUCAGACAUGCGCUUCGACGGGAUCUUCACGGAGGUGGUGGUGAAGCAGGGCUCCAAAAGACAGCGAGUCAUCAACUCCCGUUACAGAGAGGACUAUAUCGAGCCUCUCAUAUACAGAGCUAUCAUGGAAUAACCCUCCUCUUUCUCUACUUCCUUAUAAACUCACCAAACACCCAGAGAGUGGGGCAUCUCUGGGCACCCUCAGCCUUGACAAGUGGCUCCAACCCUGGGUACCAGUACGAACAAACUCUCCCAUGUCCCUUGGACAUUUUUGUA